AUGGAAUUAGUUCCACACAGACUUCAUAUCGAAAUAGAGUACUACAAUAACAAGAAUGACCUUUCUCGAGAUAUUCUCCGUUUCAUCUUGAUUUGGGGCAGACGUUUUGCUGAAGCUGACUCGAACAUCCGAGAAGAGUUGGAUCUGUAUAUUCAACUUUGCUCGCUAGAGACUAAUUGUGGUACGCUUGCUGUUCUGGCCGCUACUCUCGCAAAUGGAGGUUGUGCUGGUGUUUGUGGUGUCAAGUUAUUGGCUUGGACUUUCAUCGUCAUUGCUGUUCUUGAGCCAUCGGUGAUGAAUGCUGACGUGAGGAUGGGCAGUUGGGGUGAAAUCGUGCCCAAUAGUGACAGUCUGAUGUUGUUGAUUCGUGUGGUUCGUCUUGGGCGAAGAAUGACUGGAUGCGUAGUGGUUUCUGUUUGA